AUGGCACCUCCUUCCCCAAUGAACGUAAUCGAAAAGAUCCUCUGUCACCACGCUGUCGGUCUCUCCAAGCCUUAUGUGUGUGUAGGCGAUGUCUUAUGUGUUAAAGCAGACUGGACAAUUGCUAGUGAACUCACAUUUCAAGCCAUGGACACGAUGCACGCAGCGAUCGGCCGUCCACCGCUACAUCGUCCGGAUCGCUUCUGGUUGGCAUUAGAUCAUACUGUCGAUCCACGUGUGAAUCACUUACCGAAACAAAAAGCAUUGAUUGAAAUGUCUACUGCAUUUGCAAAAACUCAUGGACUUACAGACUUUCAACCUGCAAAUACGACGAUCAUGCAUACUGAGUUUGCUCGUAAGCGUGCACAACCGGGUCAGAUUGUCAUUGGUGCAGAUAGUCACACGUGUAGUGCUGGUGGAAUGGGUGCAUUUGCAGCUGGACUUGGAGCAGGAGACGUAGUUAUGCCAUUGGUUACAGGUCAGACAUGGUUUAAAGUCCCUGAAGUUUGUUUUAUUGAGUUUGUGGGUGCCCCUGGUUUUGGAAUUGGUGGAAAAGAUGUGAUUCUUUACAUUCUUGGCGAAUUAAAACGUAAUACUGUAGCAUUUGAACGUGCUGUUUACUAUGGAGGUACAGGACUUCAGUAUCUGUCAGAUGACGCACGCUUUGCUAUAGCCAACAUGAGUACGGAAUUCGGUGGUAUUGCAGGUGUAUUUCAAGCGGAUGCUAUCACCCAGCGAGUUUUAGAGAAAAGAGAGUCACACUAUGAUGAAGCCUUAUUCUUUGAACCUGAUGAUGGAUGCAAGUAUGCAGCUCACCAUGUGAUAAAUCUUGCAGAUGUCAAACCAAUUUUAGCUUUAUAUCCAUCUCCUGACAAUUGUGUGAGUGUUGAAGAAAAGCUUGGAAUGAAGCUUGAUGGAUGUUUUAUUGGUGCAUGUACCACUACACAAGAGGAUUUGAUCUUAGGUGCUAUGGUCUUGCAACAAGCGAUGCUAGAAGGUAAACGUCCAUCAAAGAAUGGCCAACGUCGUGUUACACCUGGAAGUCUCGAGAUAAUUAAUCGACUUAAAGAAUUAGGUCUAAUUCGUAUCUAUGAAGAGGCAGGAUUUACCGUUGGUGUACCGAGUUGUAGUUUUUGUGUCGGUAUUGGUGCCGAUGUCGCUGGUGAAGGUGAAGUUUGGCUAUCGAGUCAAAAUCGCAAUUUUCGUAAUCGAAUGGGUAAAGGAUCCAUUGGUCAUUUGAGUUCUGCUGCUGUCGUUGCAUCAUCGAGCUUUGACAUGGAGGUAGUCGAUCCACGUCCAUACUUGAACAAGAUCAAUAAGGACGAUUUUAAUCGGUAUCGCGACUGGGUAGACCCAAAUUCAACAACUUUACCGAUUCAAACGGUAAAGUCUUACACAGUAACUGACCCAAAACCGGUUCUUGUUUCGGAAGCCGAAGACGAAAGUGUAUUUCAGGCGAAAGAACAAGCUGCUGUGGCAGAAUUAGAAGCAGGGUUGCCUAUAAAAUUUAGUGGGAAGGUGCAAAAAUUUGGGGACAAUAUUGACACGGAUGCUGUCAUUCCGGCCCAAUUUAUGGGUCUCAAUAAAUCGUCACCUUUAUGGCCUGCGGACUGUGAGACAGAACUUGACGUUCUUGCUGCGAAAUCUUUUGCCUAUGUACGUCCCGAAUUUCCACAAAAAGUUAAAGAAGGCUACAAUAUUAUUGUUGCUGGUUCGGCUUUUGGCAGUGGUUCUUCUCGCGAAGAAGCGGCCAUUUGUCUUAAAGCUGUGGGCGUUCAAGCGGUGAUUGCCAAGUCUUUUGCGUACAUUUACGCUCGCAAUCAGCCCAAUAAUGCAUUGCUCGGUAUUGUUGUGACGGAUGAGAAAUUUCACGAAUUAGCGGACGAAGGCGAGGAAGUGACGAUUGAUUUGCGUAAUCGAGUGGUGACUGUCAAAGAUCAUCAAGUGGCUUUCUCACUCACGCAACUGGAAGAAGCAUUUCUAAACGGUGGUGGGCUCCAAGCACUCUUCAAACGCUAUAAAGCUGAUUUGUUCCGUGCAGCUAUGCGUGGUAAGACUUCCAAUAUUGUAUCUUCGGAUGGUGUAGGUUGUGGAGAAAGUUGUGAAGAAUCGGCUACUCCUUCGUGGUAG